AGUAUCAACCGAGUUACUUAACAUUAUCUUACCAGAUUAACCAGAGGUUGAAAAUACCGGUUAUGGCGGGCUAAAAUCAAAUUUAUUACCAAGUUGUUGGUUAACCUGCAUGUCAAAACCGAUUGUCAGUGUCAAACGAGAAUUCUUUCUUACCACGUGUGUUUAUUUUUGCGUCUCCUAUCCAAAAUGGAUGUACUUUCAAGACCCGCCGAAGAGUUCGAGAAUGAUUCCCAAGUCGAAGCUAUGUGGGCUAUGAAAGCCUUUGAACAUGCAGAAGUUUACUUCAAUAUCAUAUCAUCUGUCGACCCUAAACCUUUAAAGCUCACACCUUUUGAUGACACAAUCUACAAGAUCUUCAGAGAGGAGUUCAGUGAUUUGAAUAUUGUCCAGUUGAAUGAAGAUGAAAUGAAAAGUCCUGAGGGUAAAAUGAAGUGGAGGAGUUUCUGUGAGCGCUUCAAGAAAUUCGUGGAGGACUACAGCUUUGGCACAUUGAUAAGGGCAGAUGCAACAAAAGAUUAUACACAAGAAAAUUCCAUCCUUGUAUCCAGAAUACAAUUCUAUGCUAUUGAGUUGGCGAGGAACAGAGAGGGUGUAAAUGAUCCAAUCAGAAGAAUCUUCAAAAGGGAAAAAAAAGAUGAUCUGAAUGAAUAAAUCUUGAUAUUUUGACAUUUCUUUGUUUGCAUUAGCUUUAAGUUUAAUUUAUGAAAUAUUCACACUAAUUUUUCUACUUUAUCAAACAAUCAUUCAUUUAAAUUAAAUGCAUAUUUUUAUCCAA